GGAUGGUAAUCAUCUUAUGUCCUGUGUAGUUUGAUAGAAAGCCAGGAAAAGAGUGCCACAAGCAAAGCAAAACUCAUGGCCAUUUCAUGCACCCCUGCUAUCAACAACCUUCCACUUAACUGCCACCCAACUCCUGUUUCCAUAACUGUCAAUAACGAACGUUACUUCGCAGACCACCCUCUACUCUUACAGCUGGACCGAUGCUCCGACUCUACACAGCUCAAGCAAAUUCACGCUCGAAUGCUACGAAUCGGGCUCUUUUCCGACCCUUAUUCGGCCAGCAAGCUCAUCCAGGUCGCAGCUUUCUCGGAAGUCUCAAGCAUCCAGUAUGCCCAGAAAGUGUUUGAUCAAAUUCCCCGCCCAAAUCUUUACUCUUGGAACGCCCUCAUUCGCUCCUAUGCUUCCAGUCAAGAACCCGUUAAUGCCCUUUUGAUCUUUAUCAAAAUGCUUCAUGGGAGUGAUGAAUUGCCUAAUAAAUUUACGUUUCCUUUUCUGAUCAAAGCCUCUGCACUGCUUUCAGCUCUGUCGGUUGGAAAAGGGCUCCACGGGAUGGUGCUCAAAUCGGAGUUUGGGUCUGACUUGUUUGUUCUUAAUUCUUUGAUCCAUUUCUAUGGUGAAUGCGGGUGUUUCGAUAUGGCGUACCGGGUUUUCAUGAGCAUGCCCAAAAGGGACGUUGUUUCUUGGAAUUCAACGAUCGUCGGGCUUGCACAAGGCGGUUAUGCUGAAGAGUCAUUGGACUUGUUCUUCAGGAUGGAGGGAGAAAAUGUGAGGCCCAAUGACGUCACCAUGAUAGGAGUCCUGUCAGCUUGCGCAAAGAAUUUAGACUUGGAGCUCGGGAGGUCAAUGCAUUUGUAUAUUAGGAGAAAUGGGAUUAAGGAGAGUUUGGUAUUAAAUAAUGCAAUUCUUGACAUGUAUGUGAAGUGUGGGAGUAUGGAGGAUGCAAAAAGAUUGUUUGACAAGAUGGGGGUUAAGGACAUUAUUUCAUGGACAACUAUGCUUGUCGGGUACACGAAGGUGGGGGAUUUUAGUGCUGCUAGGAGUCUUUUUGAUACAAUGCCUUGCCAAGAUAUUGCUGCAUGGAAUGCUCUUAUCUCGGCUUAUGAGCAGAAUGGUAAUCCUAAGGAGGCAUUGGCUACUUUCAAUGAAUUGCAGCUCAGAAAGGAGGCUAAACCUGAUGCAGUUACACUUGUUUGUGCGCUGUCAGCAUGUGCUCAGUUGGGGGCAAUCGAUUUAGGGGGCUGGAUUCAUGUAUACAUCAAUAAACAUGGUAUUAAUUUAAAUUGUCAUCUCACUACUGCAUUGAUUGACAUGUAUUCUAAGUGUGGGGAUUUGGAGAAGGCACUUGAAGUAUUUCAUUCUGUGGACAAUAGAGAUGUUUUUGUAUGGAGUGCCAUGAUUGCUGGCUUCGCAAUGCAUGGGCGUGGAAGGGAAGCAAUAGGUCUUUUCUUGAAAAUGCAAGAAGCUAAGGUCAAGCCUAAUUCUGUUACUUUUACCAACUUAUUAAGUGCUUGCAGUCACUCAGGGCUGGUGGAUUCUGGAAGGGGCAUUUUCAAUCAAAUGGAGUCAGUUUUUGGGGUUGUGCCUGGGGUCCAGCACUAUGCUUGCCUGGUUGAUAUUCUUGGUCGUGCAGGUCACUUGGAAGAAGCACUUGAUGUAAUUGACAAUAUGCCCGUUUCCGCUGGGGCAUCAGUGUGGGGGGCUCUGCUUGGUGCGUGCAGGCUUCAUGGAAACAUUGACAUAGGUGAACGGGCUUGUAGCAAUUUGCUUGAAUUAGAGCCUCAAAAUGAUGGAGCCUAUGUGCUUUUAUCUAAUAUUUAUGCUAAAUCAGGUAGAUGGGACAAAGUUUCAGAAUUAAGGAAGCUUAUGAGAAACUCUGGACUAAAGAAGGAACCCGGUUGCAGCUUAAUUGAGGUGGAUGGCAAUGUUCAUGAAUUUCUUGUUGGAGAUAAUACUCACCCUCUUUCAAAGAAUAUCUACCUGAAAUUGGAUGAGAUUGCGACUAGAUUGACAUCUGUUGGUUAUGUGCCAAUGAAAUCCCAGCUGCUGCAACUUGUUGAAGAAGAACAUGUGCAAGAGCAGGCAUUAUAUCUUCACAGCGAGAAGUUGGCUAUGGCGUUUGGACUUAUUAGUAUAAGCCCAUCCCAACCAAUUCGAAUUGUAAAGAAUCUCCGUAUCUGUGGUGACUGCCAUGCUGCUGCUAAGCUGAUAUCAAAGCUUUAUAAUAGAGAAAUAGUAUUGAGAGACUGUUACCGGUUUCAUCACUUUAAAGGAGGCUCUUGUUCAUGCAUGGAUUACUGGUAAAUUCUGGAAUGCUGGCCUGCAAAAGAUUCUUAUGCGGGACUCCUAUCAACUGGUAAAAAUGCAGAGAAAAUUUCCAGUAGGCAUGGCACCAAGAGCGACUUCACUUAUCUGGGACUUAAAACUCCAUUAGUGCAAAUUUGUCUGUGCCAUUUGACACAAGCAUAGCAGAUGAAAUAUAUGUUAAAAAUCCAAAGAUGAUCAACAUGCGAAUGAUGGAACAUGGGGCUAAUCCAGUUUACAUGCCUAAAUGUAAUUUUGGCGUUGGAAGCUCAAUUUGGAAGGAAAAGGUUGCUGAGCAUGCUUCGUCGUGGUAGUCAGGUUGUUGCAGAAACUGGUGACAAAUUAUUUGAUUUCAGAAGCCAAGUUUCUGUGAUAAUGAGUGGACAAGUGGAACUGAUGGUAUUGAAUGCAUGCUAUCAAAUGGAUUGGAGCUUGACCGACUGCUAAUGGUUGCAUCAGGAAUUUGCCAGACCCGUUUACUUUGAAAAUUGUCGGGCAUGUCCUAGUGCACGUAGUAGCGCACAAAAUAUUUGGUUGGUCAUAGACUACUGGUAUGUGGAUGACCAGAAUAUACUUGAUUGUAGUAAACACUACUCCUGCAUUACAUCUAGAUUACCAGUAUUGGUGGAUAUAUGUAUCCAGAUCUUGAAAUUUCAGGCGAAUCAUAAUACCUCUCAUGUGUUGCGUGUUGACUCUAAAAGCUAAUACUCCUAUCAUAUAAUCA